AGCCGCACCUCCUCCUCCUCCUCACCACCGUCACGUAUAUCGGGUUCUCGCCUCGAUCGAACUUGCCUCACCAGUGCGCGCUCCCUUUUGCGUUUUUGCGAUCCACCUUUUUGGUCAAUAUGGCGGAAAAGAAAUCCAACGCUGUAGUCAAGCCCACGAGCGAAAACAGUGGGCCAGUGAGCAAAUCCAGGUCCAAAGCCAGACGACCAGCAGGCUUGCCUUCGGCCGCACUCCGAGGAUACUUGAUCCUCUACAACCUCUUGAGCUUCUUCCUCUGGGCUUUGGUGCUGAGCGUCACCAUCAAGCAUCUAGCCGUCGGACCUCAAACCCGAACCUUGCCUACUCGAUUGGCAGAACAAGCUUUGGCGCGUUUCCGACCACUUCGAGGAUUCGUGCAUCCCACUCUUCCUCUAUGGUUGCCCGAGAGGCUCAAGGAGCUGUGGGACAGGUCUACGCUUCUGCACUCUUUUCUUGGGGGACUGCUAGCAUUCACUCAGUCGCUGGCCCUUUUGGAGAUCCUGCAUGCAGCUUUGGGCCUGGUCAAGAGCCCAGUGGUGACUACCACCAUUCAAGUGUUUAGCAGAUUGUUGCUCGUUUGGGGAGUGGCGGAGAGGUUCCCUGGAGCUGCUGCGAAUCCUUGGUUUGCUAGCAUGGUCCUCGCUUGGAGCAUCACCGAAUGCGUGCGCUACCCUUUCUACGCCAACGCUCUGAUGAGCGGCGGUGGACCUGAAGAGGGUUCGGGCUUGUUGUGGGCCAGGUACACUUUCUUCUACAUCCUGUAUCCCCUCGGUGCAGCAUCGGAAGCUCAGUUGCUGCUCGCUACUCUUCCAAAGAAGUGGUUUUGGCAAAGCACGGCGGGCUGGGAUGUGCGCGCUUACGUCUAUUUGGGUCUUUGGACGCUCUGGUGGCCAGGUCUGUACAUUAUGUACACGCACAUGAUCAAGCAGCGUCGUCGGGCGAUCGGCAAGGGCUUUUGGGGCGACAAGCAGACCAAGGCGAUCGCCGAGGCUAAGAAGGUCAAGAGCAAGUGAGGCGCCGAGAUCAAAGCUGCACGGGGGCGGAUGCGGCGCAAGGGCGAUUAUGCAGAUGGCGAACAGCUUGAAAGGUGUACUCUUUAUGAUCAAGUACAUGUAUGCGCUACGCAUCGUGCAAUGUGGGCCUCUGACUCUUGGAUGCAGGCGUAUGGCGCUGUGAAAUGAAUAACCCUGCGGAGCCCUGCGAAGACGGUAGCGGAGGCGCGCGGAUACGGUGACGGAUUGGACGAGCACUGCGUGAUUUCGGCUCGAGACGUGGAGAUGGAGCGAGGAUGCG